AUGCUUUUAAAAUGCGGAACCAUUACCCCCCUCCUUGCUCACCAGCAGUGCGCCCCUACCUUCUUCGCGCUCUCUCCCACUCCCCCCCACACUCAUCCUCUUCCUACACCAUCAGCACCAAAGGACGGGGAGGACCGAGAGGGAACUCAUGGCGCAUUGGCGCGGACAGUGUAUUGGUGGCACGACCUGAUAAUGACGCUGAGGGAGGAAGAUCAGCCAAGCAGCCGCACCGUAGAUCGCACCUUCAGACACCACCUCUCCUUUCCCUCCCAUAUCACGCGCAUGAUUGCUGCCCCUGGGCGCAUGAUUUCUGCCCCUGGGCGCAUGAUUGCUGCAAAUGGGCGCAUGAUUGCUGCCCCUGGGCGCAUGAUUGCUGCCCCUGGGCGCAUGAUUGCUGCCCCUGGGCGCAUGAUUGCUGCCCCUGGACGCAUGAUUGCUGCCCCUGGGCGCAUGAUUGCUGCCCCUGGACGCAUGAUUGCUGCCCCUGGGCGCAUGAUUGCUGCCCCUGGGCGCAUGAUUGCUGCCCCUGGACGCAUGAUUGCUGCCCCUGGGCGCAUGAUUGCUGCCCCUGGGCGCAUGAUUGCUGCCCCUGGGCGCAUGAUUGCUGCCCCUGGGCGCAUGAUUGCUGCCCCUGGGCGCAUGAUUGCUGCCCCUGGCCUGGGAGCAUGA